UAUGGAGUUAAGGUAGUCAGUGACUCUCCAGAAACUGCAUAUGCAAUAUAUACCCAUCCGUAUCCAUCUUUUUUGUUCCACUAUUUCUUGAACUCUUAAGGGAGUCUAGAGCAGAAGGUGUGGUCUGAUGUGAAGAAAGGGUGGAGCAUUGAUUGGUCAUCAACAAGUAACGAGUGUUACAUGUAUGGUAAGUGUGGACCUUUCGGAAGCUGUAAUGCUCAAGACAGGCCAAUAUGUUCCUGUUUUCAGGGCUUCAUCCCAACAAACAAAGAUGAGUGGAAGGGAGGAAACUGGACUAGUGGAUGCACUAGGAAAACUCACCUCCAAUGCGAGCAAGAUGAAUUUCUGAAGCUUGAGGGAUUAAAGCUGCCAGAUCAUUUUAAUUUUUUUAACUUGCCUGAAGGAGAAUGCUGGAAAACAUGCUUGACUAAUUGUUCUUGUAUAGCUUAUGCUGUUCCUCCUGGAAUUGGAUGUCUGCACUGGACUCAUAACUUAACCGAUACUCAGAAUUUGACUUAUGGGGGUGAUGAUUUGAACAUUCGGUUGGCACAUUCGGAACUAGAAAAGAAGAAAAAGAAGAAGAAGCAAGAGCACUUAAUAAUUAUUGUAAUAACAGUGGUUAUGGGGUUUAUACUUGUUUCUAUAUGUGCGCUGAAAUUGUUGUCGAAAUAUAGAGGGAAGCUUAUAAGUAGAUUACUAUUCGCCAAAACUAAGGAAAUUGAUGAUAGAGGAUAUUCUGAAGAAAUGGCACCCAUACAUGAUAAGCAUGGAGUUAAACUUGAGGACUUACCUGUAUUUACAUUUAUAAUGCUCUCAAAUGCUACGGAAAAUUUUGAUUGCACCAAUAAGCUCGGGCAGGGUGGCUUUGGACCCGUUUACAAAAAAUUGCUGUAAAAAGGCUAGCAAGAUCCUCAAACCAAGGGGUGGAGGAGUUCAUGAAUGAAGUUGAGGUGAUUUUGAGGCUACAGCAUCGCAAUCUUGUUAGACUUCUUGGUUGUUGUGUGAAGUCUGAAGAAAAACUGCUUGUUUAUGAAUAC